AUGUUUUUCUUGUACGACAAUAAGAUGCUUUUUCUUUGGGCAACAGUAAUAUCGGCCACAAAGCUUCCAAAGGCUGGACAAACAUAUGCGAAUGCGAACCAGACGGACCUGGCGCAACACAUGGAGAAGCGAGUUAUCAACGGAGAAAACGCUGCGCCGUUGGCUUUUCCUUGGGCCGUUUCCAUUAAAGGAGUCUACCCAGGCACCCAGACGACAACGUAUUGUGGCGCAUCGCUGAUCAGCGAGGCAUGGCUCCUGACCGCGGCUCAUUGCUUCAUCGGAAAAACUUCGCAUGGUGACACGUAA